GAUGGGAUGCACUAAGAAAGAGAGUAGAUCGAGGGACUCUUCCUUUCUUCUUAACGGAUCACCAAUGGCCUUUACAGCUUCGUCUUCCACUCUAUCUGAGCCCUCGACGUCGCGCCCCCACGCCUAUAGCAGAAAGCAAAAGUCCCUUGGCCUCCUUCGCUCCAAUUUCUUGAGCCUGUACGAUCGAGACGGCGUCCGGUCGAUCGGGCUGGACGAUGAUGCUUCGCGAUUAGGUCUUCAUUGGAUUAGGCGAAGGAUUUACGAUAUUGAAAAUGUUUUGGAGAGCAUUGGGGUUCUUGCAAGGAAGGCGAUUAACCGAUGUAACUGGAAAGGGUUUGCAGAAAUCCCUAAGGCUUUAGCUAAGCUCAGGGAAGAGGGUUUGAACGAGAGCAUCAAUACCAUCGACAGCCACGACCAUGCAAAAGUAGGUGAAGUGCAUGGUUUUAUGAAGUUUUCCCUUAAAAAAAUUGUCCAUUUUUGUCUCGUGGGCAUUGUAAUAGAGGGGAAGAUCUCCUUUUCCCUGGGCAUAUUUCGGAUGAUAAGGAUGACGAUGAAAUAUUCUAGAACUGUGCUUCUAUGGUUCUUCACAGAUAAUCGGAGGGAAAAAUCUUUGGCGCUUCUUACCCAGAAUUUUGUCAACCUCUUUGUUUGCUCUAGUGCAGAAUUGAUCUCACUCGAUGAUGCUGCGAGGUUAUUGCUUGGGGCUGGCCAUGACUCUUGGAUAAUGAAAAGUAAUAAAAACAAUCUACUUUGAUACGAUAAUGCAAAUGUGUUGUCUUCAAUCAAACUAAUUGAGAAGACCCAUACAAAGGACACCAGGAAGCCUGCAUUCAGGUGGUUAGGGCGUAGGGGAAAAUCUGACAAUGUUUAUAUUCCUAAUGAUUAUAGGAAGCGAAUGUUUGGAAGUGAUGUCACAAACAUUUGUUUUAAGAGGAACAAAGUUGACUCUUUAUUUGGUGGGGAUUUAAAAAGGGAUCUGAAAAUACAAAAGCAGAUGAAAUCUGAAAGUUUGGUAAUCAGGUUGAUUGAUAGAAAGAAUUUAGAAAAUGACUCAAAGCAGAGUUCAAAGAGCUACCAAUUUGGUCCUUUUGCUCCCGCCAAUGUGGCCAACGUUGGUGUCCCUGAAAGUAACAGAGUAAAGAGGGAUGACUGGGAGGGCUUUGCCUCUACUUAUCGUCCACGGUAUCAAAACAAAUGUAUCAUUUCAUGCACUUUUGCAGUUCACAAUGUACUGAUGCAGAAGUGUAUUAACAUUGCAGCUUUGAAGGACCUCUUCUCUCAUUACUUGGAAGCGUGGAAAUCAUGGUACUCGGAAGUUUCCAGGAAUAGGUAUUACAAAUUUCCUGAUUCUUCCCUCAAUUGAGCGUAGAAAAAAGAAUAAGACAGCAUUUAUAUAUUUUGUUUAUAAUGAUCUUACAAGAAGAGAUUCCUCCGUGUUGGAUUCAUGUUUUCAAUGCAGAAAUUUAGAACAGCUAUCCUUAUGAGGAUAAUAUUCAUUUCUAAUGUAUAUGCCAUGCCUGUCUUUACAAGAAUUUUCCAAAUUUUUUUGUGAAUCUGAUUUGGUCCUUCCAAUCAGACUUUCUGCAGAAUUUAGUUUUUUUUUUUUUCCCACCUUUUAUAUACGUGAAAAA